UAUUAUUGAACCUGACAAUGAUUUUUCUAGGUCAUACUUUCAAUAUAUAAUGAGUAGAUGAGUAGAAGUAAUUAAUUGUGUUCAUCAACAAGUGUCACAAUGAAGACCAUCAAAAUAAAAAAUUUCAGCAUGAAGCUGUGGGUGGUACUGAGUAUCUUGGCGGUUGUUCAUUCGUACGAUAACGAUUGGGACGGAGCCGAAGGGCAAUACGAAAGAGAAGUUUACGAUGAUGAUAUCCCAAUCAUUUUGACUUUACCAGAAAUUGUACCUGUUCUCCAGGUAAAAGUUUUCUAUAAAAACCACCACUUAUACGUAACCCAGCGAGAAAUGCCUCGAGAAAAUCCAAGAUUGGAUCCAAGUGAUGAAAAACCAGAUUUGCAGAUUGUAGUUCCUGACACUGAACCCGUUUUUUUGAAUCCGUCGGAUAUAAAUGACAAAGAUAUCUAUAUCCACCACAGCAAAGAACACAUUUUCGUCUUCCAAGGCGAAGUUCCAAAAGUCCAACCAGAACCUCCGUUAAUUUCCACAGCUGACGACUCUAUCCUCUAUUUAAACGCCAUAUCCUUCAUCCCAGAAAAAUUGAUCAAGAUUUACUACGACGGCGAUAGAUUGUUCGUUUCUCAGCGUGAUGUUCCCGAUAACAAGUACUUCAAUGAAAAACCAACACGUUCCUUUUUGCAGUACAUUGGAUCCGAUCGUGCGAUUGUGUACCUUUAUCCCACGAAGAUCAAUUGGGACCAAGAUGUUGCUGUGCAACACAGUCCUCAUUCAAUUUCCGUUUUCCAAGGAAGAAAACCGCGUUCUUAUCUUCGGGAAGAUAACGCUGGAGAGACUAAAUACUUGCCGGAUUCUUUCCAAGAUUACGACGCGACUUUUGAUGGCGGAGAAGUUUACUCGAUGUUCUCCGAUGACUUCAAUCCCAGAAAAACCGCACUGAUAUUCUUUGAUAACGGAAAAAUGCGGGUAACUCAAAAAGGAGCUCCAGAAGAAACAAAUCCCGAUUUGGCACCCAAUCAGAACAAUUUGCAAACAAUGACCUCGGAUGAAAACAAACUAGUGUUCCAUCCUGCAAGAUUCUCUCCAGAAAAGCAAAUUAAGGUACAGCAUUUAGGUAAAAGAAUAUUUGUAUGGAUCGGACGUUAUCGAGCGCCGAGUUUUAAUGUAAACAAUCCUGAAAUAAUAGAAGUUAUACGACCAAAAGUGGAUCCUGAUUAUGAUACUACUGUUGAUUCUGGAGAAGUUUUCACGGUAUAUUCUGAUGAGUUUAAUUUGGAUAAAUCGGUGAGGAUAUUUGUUAAAAAUGGUCAAUUGAAAGUUACUCAAGUGAACACUCCAGAAGAAACGAAUCCAACUUUGUUGCCGGGUGUUAAAAGUUUGCAAACGAUAACUUCAGAUGAGAAUUCAUUGCUGUUCUAUCCAGCUAGAUUUUCUCCGGAUGUUAAGAUAAGGAUCCUCUAUAAAAGCAAUAAAAUAUUCUUCUGGACUGGAGGAAGUCAACCUCCGAGAUUUAAUACCAACAGACCGGAAAUUAUCGAAGUAAUUGAACCAGAAACUGAAGAUCUUGCACCGGAAGAAACACCUUUUGAUACUUCUUUUGAUUCCGGAGAAACUGUUGAGUUAUUUCCUACCGAAUUUGAUUUGACUAAACUAGUAUACAUAUUUUUCCAAGACGGCCAGUUGAAGGUCACUCAAAUUGGUGCUCCAGAAGAACCUAGGAGGAAUACAAGAAGCAAGUACAGGAAUUUAAAGAUAAUAUCCUCUGAUGUUAAUAAAUUAAUGCUGUACCCAGCUAGAAUUCUGCAAGAUCAGGAAAUUAAUCUUCGACAUGAAAAUGGCGAGAUAUUCCUUUGGCAAGGCUUUGAUAAACUGCCAAUUAGGAAUGUUAACCGACCUGAUAUUGUUAAAGUUAUUAAACCACCUCGUCCUGAAACUAAAGAGCUGGAAGCUCCGAAGGAACCGAAGGAUUUAUAUGUUAUAAGUGGAAAAACUCUGAUUAUUUCACCAGAAACGUUUAAUGUCAACAAACUUAUCUAUGCGGUGUUCAAAAAUAACAAAUUACAAAUAACACAAGAUAAUGCGCCAGAAGAAUUAGAUUUUAUAGUUGAAGAAAACUUACCAAUUGUUAAAUCUGAUACAGCGCCUUUGAUGUUCCAUCCAAAUUUGCUUGAUAUUCACGCCAAAGUUUAUAUCCGGCAUCAAAACUGUAUGAUUUAUAUUUGGCAAGGAUCUGAAGAUCUUCCGGUUGAUAUUUCUGAUGUUGAAUACGAUGAGAAGCCAGUGAAUGUUGUACCUAAAAUCAAAGAAAAUUUAUCUGUAAUUAUUGCCAAUAAGCCUAUUAAAGAAGAUAUUAAUGUAACUUUAAUUAAAACUGAAGAUAAUUCACCUGCAAUUAUUGCCAAAAAACCUAUUAAAGAAAGUAUCAAUUUAACCUUAACUAAAACUGAAGAUAAUUCAUCUAAAAUUAUUGCAAAGCCUGUUGAAGGUAUCAAUUUAACUUCAAUAGAAACUGAAGAUAAUUCUAGAAUUUUGGACGUAGAUUCAAUUAUAAAAUAUGUAAAUUAUAAAUUUAAUGAAAGUAAUACAUCUGAAACCAACAAAACAGUAAAUUCAUCAGAUAUUUUCAUUACUAAAGUCGUUGAAAUAAAUUCUAUAAUGAAUAUAUCUUUAGCACAAUUUAAUCCCAGAAAAUUGGUAUCAGUGUCGUUCAAAAAUGACACUUGGAUAAUAAAUCAACUCAAUACUCCCAAAGAAACGUUGAAUUCUUCAAAAUCUACAAAAUUACAAAUCAUCAAGCCUAGCACAGAAACAAUCUUUCUUCACACAGCGUUUAUAGAUCCAUCAGAAGUUCAUCUUCGCUAUGACAAUGGUAAGAUAUAUAUUUGGCAAGGAGACAGCCAACCUUUGGUUAAUAUUGAGACUGAUGUUGUUAGUGUACCUGAAUUAGCAAAGCCUAAAACUGAACAUAAGCCAGCUAAACCUGUAAUUGUUAAUAUAACAUAUCCUUUUGUGCAAGAUACGAGUGAAUUCGAGCUUCCAAAAGCAGAAAAUGUCUCUUUACAUUUCAAGAAACCAAAAGUAACUUUCAACCAAACGAUCCAAAGCGGUCGCACUUUGUCGUUGGCUUCAGGGGAAUUUGAUCCUCAUAAAUUGGUGAUGGUUUCAUAUAUAAACAAUAGUUUGGAGGUAACGCAAGUAAGGUGUCCUAAAGAAACAUGGGAUGAACGAAUUGAAUACAAGAAAAGCUUACAAAUCAUUCGGUCGGAUACUGAUGUGAUGUAUUUACAUGCAGGUCUUGCUAAUUUAGAAUCUAACAUUAAUUUCCGGCAUGAAAACGGUAAAAUUUACAUUUGGCAAGGAGCAAAACCGGAAAUCAAUGAAGAUUCUCCAAUUUUGAAUGUAAUUGAUCCAAAUCCGAGAGAAAAUAAGUCGGAAAAUGAUUUUGAUGCUACCUAUGAAAGCAGUUACACUGUUAAAGAGUUCUCCAAGAGAUUUAACCUGGGAAAAUUGUUGUCGGUAACUGUUGAGAAUAACAAAUUGCAUUUGUCUCAAGUAAAUAUGCCGGAAGAUUCGGUAAGUGCGACGGGGGAAUACAAAAAUUUGCAGGUUGUUAAAUCAGAGUCAGUUAGGGUGUUGGUUCACUUAGCGAGGGUUAAUCCAGAUCUUUUGAUUCAUAUCAGACAUGAAAAUGGAAGGAUAUAUAUUUGGCAAGGGUCAGAUCAGAUUCCGAAGGAAGAUGUUGAUAUGCUGAGUGUUGUUGAAGUUAUUGAACCCAGUGAAGAUGAUGAUAGUGAUGAUGAGGAUGAAGAUGAAGAGACGGUAGUGCAAGAUUUGAAUCAAUCAGUUUCUGAUAAAAUGACGUUGACUCUCUUUUCAAAUAUGUACAAUCCGGAUAAAUUGGUCGUGGUGAAACAUGCGAAUCAUCAGAUUCAUGUCAAUCAAAUAGAUCGUGUUAAAGAUGAUGGAAAUGAAAAUCAAGGGUAUGAAGACUUGCAUUUGUCGAUUCCUAACGAAUCUAGCGCGACGUUUGAUCCACGAAAAAUUGAUCCGAAUAAAAUGAUUAUUAUUAAUUAUAUUAAGAAAAAGACGCAAAUAAAUACUGCUUUUUAUAAAGAUUGAAUAAAAUGAAGAAUAUUAAUUUUAAUUGUACACUGAAAAAAAAAUUAGUUUUAAUCAAGAGAAAGAUUCUUGAACCGAGAAAAUAAUUUUGAAGAAGUUCAUUGCCUUUAAUCAAGAAGAUAAAUUCUUUAAUCAAGUGA